AUGUACCGUGUGAGACGGCUUGUUGGGGGCCGCGGGGGGCAGCUUACGGCCGUGUGGAACGUGACGACCAUCCCCACAAACUUGGCCGCGGCCAACGGCACGGGCGGCCGGUGGUCGGGCGCCGGCAUCUGGGGCAGCCAGCCGCCCGUCGACGCCCGGCGCAAGCAGGUCAUCUUCGCCACGGGCAAUAUUUACUCGAUCCCGCUCGUCUACGUGCCGUGCUCUCAGUCCGACGACCCCAGCUGCCUGCCGUCGUAUAUCAGCAGGAAACUUCACCCUCUGUCCGCCGGCACGCAGUCGACUAACAACAGCCUGUGGGGCGCCGCGUCGGCCCGAAACGGCUCGUUGCUGUGGCAGACGCCCGCGCCCGGCGCCAACUACUCGGUCAGCAUGCCCACCGUCGUCGGCGACGUCAUCGUUGUUGGCGUCACGGGCACCGCCGGCUUCUCGCCGCCUGGCCCCAGCGCCCUAGUCGCCCUCGACAAGGCCACCAGCUGCGUCGUCUUCGAGUACCCCAUUCCCGGCGCCUAG